AUGCCUCAACGAAUUGUGCUUGCGGCUCUUUCAAUUGUUGCGUUGGCAAAUGCUGCUGCAACACCACCGUUAGGAUAUCUCAGACAGGCUUUUCUCCCCAAGUUGAGCGAACGGGCUCCAUUUAGUCAAAAUGCCACCUGCUCAACAUGUUCGUUAUACCAGACAGCUGAAUCUAUAGCGGCACCGAAGGCAAAUGUUUGGUCACAAAUAUCGCCCGAGGACAACCUAGCCGUUUGGAAUCUGCUCCACGACCCAGCAUCCGGGUUGAAUCUGACAGACCCAACAACGGCCGUUCAAACCGACAACUAUGUAUUUUAUAUCGAUACUGUACAUGUCAACAAGUCCGAUGCAAUCCCCUAUCUUGACGCAUCUGGAAAGAAGCCCGGUGCUUGGGCUCGAGCCAUGAUCUUCGAAGGCGGCAAGCCUGAGCCUGGAUCCCAGGAAUACAUUAUCGGACCUCUGCCGAUGUCAAGUGAGACGACAAUACAGAAGUUAGAUUACCUGUAUAACGGAGGAUCAGGGGGAUUCGUGCCUUUCAACGCACGGUUUUUCGAUCAAAAGCGUACCGAUGCAACGGCCCCGCUUUUAACUUCCAUCAUGUCCAACAUCAGUGACAUCACGGAGGCAUUGUUAGGAGGAUCAUUCUUCGGAUAUGAUGACCCUAAGACAACGCUGAACCCAACUGACACGACGCCGACGUCAUUCGACGGCACCACAGCUUUCCACGUACUCAUGUUCAGGCUUCCUGGAUCCGCCACUUUUCUCAGACCCCUAGACUUCUUCGUCAUGAUGGAUGUCACCGGCACAGAUGCUUCAACAUACAAGCUGAAGGGACUCGUGACCAACUCAAGAUUCUUCCCAACCGUGGCAGAGCUUCGCGCCGCAUUUGAAGCUGGCGAGCUUAAGGAAGAGUUUUACCAGCCUUCGGACUACGACUGGGCGUUGGUGAAAUACAAUGCCGAGAUGGGAGUCCGCGAGCUCGAGGAGAAGUUUGCCCCACAGAAUCUCAUGGUGGGCGGAAAGCGAUAUAAGGUAGACGAGGAGCAGAAGUACGUCGAGUACUUAGGCUGGUCGUUCUACGUUGCCCACACGCGAACACUGGGUAUCAUGCUGUAUGACAUACGUUUCAAGGGAGAGCGUAUCUUAUACGAAUUAUCCAUGCAAGAAGCGGCAGCCCAGUAUGGUGGAUUCCAGCCGAAGGCCGCCACGACACUUUACCACGAUACUUACUUCCAGCUGGGCGCCGAUCUAUUCCCACUCUCCGACGCCGGCUUCCCCUUAUCCCGACACCGCGCCGGACAAUACGGCACCACAGGCGGCUACGGAUUCAGCAACCUAGGCGUAGUCAAAGGAUCGCUCCUAACCCUCCGCUCCAUCGCCACGGUAGGAAACUACGACUACCUCUUCGACUACGCCUUCCACGUCGACGGCUCCCUCGAGAUAACCGUCCGAGCCUCGGGAUACCUCCAAUCCUCAUUCUACUACAAAGACCAAGGAGCCUGGGGUCCACGAAUCCAAGAAGCCACGCAGGGCUCUCUACACGACCACGUGAUAACCUGGAAAGCAGACUUCGACAUCCUCGACACAACAAACAGCCUGCAAGUAACGGCGCUGAAAGCGGUGAACCAGACGCAGCCAUGGUGGCCUGAACUCGGCACCUUCGAGCAGAUCCAGCUGGAGACGCACAACGUCGCGACGGAGCAGGAGAUGAGCUGGGCGGAGAACGGGGAGGUGAUGUACACGGUGAACCACGCGUCGAAAACGAACAAAUGGGGGUCGCCGCGGGGCUACCGCAUCGUGCCGGGGAAAUCGAACAUCCGACUGAGCACGUUAAACUCGCCGUUCUCGCGUCUCAACACCGCGUUAUCGAAAACGCAGUUGGCCGUGACGCGACAGCACGACACCGAGCCAUGGGGCAACAGCGUGCAGAACCUGAACCUACCGUUAAAGCCGCAACACGACUUCGCGAAGUUCUUCGAUGGGGAGAGCGUGGAUGGCGAGGAUUUAGUCGUGUGGUUUAACCUGGGGAUGCACCAUUUCACGCGCAGCGAGGACAUCCCGGUGACGCUGUACUCGGAGGCCGUGAGCAGCAUUAUGUUCGCGCCGCAGAACUUCUUCGAUAUGGCGCAGGAUGGCGAUUUGCGGAACCGGAGAUGGUACACGACGGCUGCGGAGGAGGGUGUUAGUGCGUUGCAGGCGGAAGCGUACGGCAUUGAGCUACCGCAGUGUAAGGUUGAGUUGCAGGAACCUGUUAUUGCUCAGAUCUUCUGA